GAUGUGAGAAAUUCGCUUUCCCUUAUCGACAUCAAAGCAAGUGUGAAGCAAGUGAAUAUUUUAAUAAUAAUAAAAUAAUAAUUAUAUUUAUGAAAUACGGAAAAAAAAUUCAAAACAAAAAUUUAACCCGCGAAAGUGAUAAGAAAUCUCGUAUGCUCAUGGACGAUUGAGCAAUAAAUGAGUGUAGAAAAAAAUUAUUUAAAACGGAAAUAAAUCAUAAUUUUUUUUUGAAAAAUAAAUAAAAAAGAAAAAUAUUAAAAAAUUGCAAUUAAAACCAGAAGAAAAAAAUAAUAAAAAUAUUUUAAAAAUAUUUGAAAAAAAAACUCACAUCAAAAACUCAUAAAUAUUCACAAAAACAAAAAAAAAUAAUAAAAAACUGUUCCCUUGUAAUCCUGAUGAUGAUGGUAGUUCUUGGAAAAGAAAGUACCGCACGAAUGUAAUUUCAUCAUCCGCACAAGAAGGAGCAAAAAAGGAACAACUCCGAGAUCAAUCGACAACAAAACACCGCACGAAGCCGACAUUCACACUUCAUUAGCACUCUACAGGUAGAGAGAGAGAACUUGUCGUGAAUGCAUAUGUGAAUUGAUACUUUGGAUUAAUUACUAAGAAGAAAAAAAAAUUUUUUUUCGCUUGAUUUCUUGUUUGGAUAUAAAUUUAUCAUUUAUGUACGUUAAAUCGAGUCAAGUUAGCUGGUGUCCUACUUUAUAACAUUUUUUUUCAUCAUCAUCAUCGUUAUUAUUAAAUUAUUGACUACUUCAACUAUUACAUACACCGGUAUAUUAUAUCAACUCAACACCUUUCUUGAUGAAAGUCUUGGAAAUUAAAAUCAUAAAACAAUAAAAAAAAAUAAAGUGAAGACGAAUAGAAAAAAAAACAUCGCAACACGAUAUAAUUUCUUGUCUUGUACGAAAUUCACAAGAAGAAAAGAAAUUAACGACGAACAAGAAAUAGAAAGUGUCCAGUCCAGCAAUUAAAGAUCUUUGAUACUUUUAUCUGGAUCGUAUUGUUAGCGACGCUCGGGGAACCAUUAAAAGGUGUCUUGUGUACACAUCGCGCCCACUUGAAGAAUUAACUCAAUUAAGAAAAAAAGCAAAAAAAAAGAAAAUUGUGAAAAAAAUUUGUGUAAGAAGAAGAAAAAGGAGAGAGAAAAUAAAUAAAAAAAAGUGGAGAUAAUAAAAAAAUGAAUGAAUUGAACUGACAGCAUCACAAGCAGCAGUCAAACAAAGUGCUAAACUUUUAAUUAGAUGACAAAAUCUCAUUUCAUCAUCUUCGUCAGUGUGUUGUACAAACAACAACAGUCAUCUCCUCAAGACAGCCAAUGAAAAAGUAAGAGUUUUUGGUGUGUCAUUCUCAAGAAGGACAACAAAAAAGUCAUUAACUCGUGUACAAGACCGAACAAAGGGAACAAAACUUUAUCUGAUGCUUUUCUCGACGAAAUUCAGUCAAGGCAUCGAGCAAAAACUGCAAGAAAUCAAGAAUCAACUCUCUUCUUAAUUUAAUCAAAAUAAUAACAACAACAACAACAAACUAUUCACAUUUUACAUUAUUAUGCAUUUUCCCUUAUUAAAGUAUUAAAAUUUUAAACAAACAAAAAAAAACUUGUACGUUCUUAACUUCGUCAUAUUCAUCCAUUUUUGCAUUGUUAUAAACUUUUAUUCUUCAUUAUUAAUCUCCAGACUUGUUGUGCCGCAUCGCAGCAAGUACAACGACAACAGUGAUAAACCUUGAAUAUGAUAUUGAAUGACGUCGUCGUUGUUGCAGCAAAAAUUAAACCAACAGGAUUAAAAGAUUGCAUGUGUGAUCGACAGCGACUCGAACUACGUCAAGAACACCCACUGUCCAUUAAUUACAACAACAAUCAACAAUUACGGAUUCACCGUUGUUUGCAGAAAUUUUACUUUGAACGUGAAAAGCGAUAAAUUUUAAAGGAAAAUUUUUUGAACAAUUUUAUUAAAUUAAAUUUAACAGACAAAAAAUAAAAAAAAAAUAUUUAAAAAAAAAUUCUCGAAUAAAAUCCAUUAAAAAUUUUAUCAUCAGCACCACAAAUAAAAAUUCAUAAUAAAUAAACUAUUCUGAAAAGUGUAACAUAAAAUCCGGUAGUGUCGUUAAAAAGUUAUAAAUCUCUUCUAUUGGAAACCUGAAUUGAAAAUACAUUCGCGCACAGGAUAAGAGAUUACUGCGAAAAGGAGCUGUCAUACAAGAGAUAAUAAAUUGGAAAUAUCUCUUCAUCAAAAGAUGCUCUAAAGACGAAAAAAAAAUCAUGAAAAUGAAAGUGCGACAAAAGAAAUCAAACAACAUGCGACUGUAUUACGUUAUUCCGAUCCUCUUCGUCAUUGUGUGCCAUCUCACGUCGUCUCUGCUUGCACUUCCGAUCACGUCACAGCCGCUCGCGAGCAAUCCCGAGCAUCUCACGUGGGAUGCCUGGCAAAUGCCCGCCAACAGUGGCCCGCAUCCGGAUCACAAAGCCAAGAAAAUCACACCAAAGUCAAUAUUCAUAACGCCCAAUUUCCAGUCGAGUUCCUCAAUUUCCUGUCCGCCCGAUCACAAGUUGGACUCGCAUAAGCGCUGCAUCCCCAUCGUCAAAAUCGACGAACACGAAGCGAUCAAACAGAAAAUCGAAGCGCUUCUUGGUCAAACUACGAGUCAAACGAACGCGCCCACAAACGAAGAAGAUGGCGGCGAUUUGUACGAUUACGACUACGAGGAAGAAGAGGGCGAUGGUCCGUUCCAACUUAAUUUGCCGCUGACGUUCGAAGCUGUCUACCCGGAAGAAGCACUCCCGUUAAAGGCGGGCGACGAAACUCUCUUGCCCUUUCCGGCUCCCCACCGGCCGCCUCAUGAUGAUGACUCGCAAUCAGAUGCAGGAACUAUUAGCUUCAUUUCAGUCGAGAAAAUUACGAAUUCCACUGAAGAGAGUGAAAGUGCUCAAGCAUCAACCGGAAAUGCCACAACAACUGUCGAACCAACAACAACCGCGACCGACAACACCAGCGAUGAUGCCAACAACGACGACGACAGACAGUCCAGUACAACGCCUGGAAACCACGACUCUGGAAGUAGCACCGUCUCUGGCGACAGAAGUAGUACCACAGACAACCCCUUAUCCGUGGGUUCAGAUAGCACAGAAGCUCAGGGCAGCACUACAGACGAUGAUGGAGUAUCUUCUGUCGAUGGUUUAUCCGAAAGUUCUACAGCCAUCACUACCCUAGCGACAGAUAUUGACACAAGUUCCGAAUUUUCGACGGAAAUUCCCCUGCUUAAUGCCACAAAUGACGAUAAUUCCAGCAUAAACGCCACCUAUGAGGCAAUGAACCAAGUUAAAGUCAACACGAGCGACAUCUUUGAUCCAUUUAGCGAAGUAGUGACGGGCGAAAUGGAAUGGAUCAACUACGGCAACGAAACGGAUGACAUUUCGGACGAUUCCUUCCUGGAAAAUGAAUCGUUUAUCGUGACAGAUGCGAAAGACACGACAACACAGAAGCCCGACACCACCCUGGAUGCCAAUGAGGAAAGUAGCGGAGGAGCCGAUAUCGAUUAUCCGCUCCCUUCGUCGCAGCCAGACGAUGAAACUAGUAAAGAAAUGACGGAAUCGACGCCCGUUUUUAUCGUGACGCCCCAGAGUUCAGCGAAACCGGAGGAAGAAAAAAAAUCCACCACACUUGCAGGUAUCGAAGAUGUGGAAAAAAUAUUGUUAGGACCCGCAAACGAGCGUUUCGCGGAAACAAAAGACCGUGAACACGUAAUAAAACACGAAAACAAUGAAGCGUAUUUAGAAAAUCUUGAUUCGACAAAUCGGUUUGUGUAUCAUCACUUGACCUCGAGUACGACUCCGAAGCCAUCGGUGGUUGCCGUUGAUCACGAUAACGAUCACAUUUUGAAUCAAAUUAAGGAAAUUAAUCGCAUUGUGACGGAAAAUCGCUUGCGUCAUCCGAAUUAUCCGACAAAACCGAAGGAAUCCUCGAGAAUUCGUUUUCCCACGGAUUACAGUUCGGACGUUUCUUUUCCCGCGCAAAAUGCGCAAAGUUUUGCUGUCGCGUCGGGCACUCGUUUCGCGCCUCCCAGUUACAAUCACUACGAAAACCAAUAUUCCGUGAUGCAUUUCGGGCCGACAACGACGCCCCCGCCCCCGCCUACAACCAGCGCAGCGUCUCCAACCACAAAACCGCCAUUUUGGUGGCUGCCUCCCGGUUGGCAGGUGGAUCAAACGGGACAAAAACCCACACUUUUGCGUUUCUGGGAACGCAUGCCAUUAGUCAGAGAUCCCUCGAUGAUGCAGCGAUCGUCGUCGCGUUCACAGCGCCGCGAAAACUCGAGGUCGCCCAGUGAGAAUCUCUAUCAGGAAAUUUCCGCACAAGAUAUCUACAAAGUUCUGCAGAACUCCAAUCGAGACUGGAAACACACAAACAGUUAAAUUCAUCCCCCUCCCCUCCAAAAAAUGUAUUUUACGGCACACUAACUAACAAAUGAUAUUUAAUUUAUAGGAGAGUCUUUGUUGCUUAGCGUCCUUAAACACUAUUUAAUUUCCCAGAAACAAAGAGAGAAAAACGCCAGCAAUGGUUUUAAAUUCCCGCCCCACACACACACAAAAAUUUGUAUUCUGUGCGAGUUUUCGAAUGGAAACCCACAAACAAAAGCAUAAAUAUGGCUUUAAUUUAUUUAACUAUAACUCACGUAUAAACAUAAAAAGCAUAAUAAGUGUAUUUUAAUCUUAAUUAUAAACGGAAUGUAAAUCACAGUCAGUCAAAAUGUUGAAAAAAAAAUGAGCGAACGAGAGAUUUAGUCGUCAAAAUUCUGUAGAUGUUCAAGAAAAAACCCAAGUUUAAUUCCUCAAAGAGAUUAUAAAGCAAAUCCGCUACUUAAAAAAUUUUUUCCUGCUUAAUUUUUAAACGAAGAAAAACACAACGAAACAUCAAGCGAAAAAAAAAUCCUCAUAAAAUUUAAAUGCAUGGAAAUGUAUGGAA